AUGUCAGUAAACGUUACAAUUUUAAUUAAAAUCGUGUUUUUUUUAGUUAAAAGAAAAAGAAAUAGAUAUAGAGAAAUGAGUGUAGCAACAGGAACAUUAUUAAAGAUCAAUGCAGAGGCAUUGUUAAAGUAUUCAACACCACAACGUACAGCUACCGGUUGGAAUAGACCAAAGUUAUCAGGUAGACAAUUCAAUGUAUUAAAGAAGAACGUCGAACGUAAUAUGAAUAUUGAAUGGCCAUUGCCUGAACCAGAGAAGAAAUUACUACCAGAGAGACCAUCUAAAUUAACUAUUUUACAGAGAACACAACCAUUAAGAGAAAAGAAGAUUAAUGAAGCAUUAAAGAAUAUGCCAAAAUUGUUGGCAGACAAGAUGAAAGCAUCAAGAGAUAAGAAGAAGAAGGAAACAGAGAAUUCAAUCUCUGCUUUGAUGCCAGGAUUUGUAAAGGGUGGACCAUAUCCAAGUCAUAUUACAGGUGAAGUGGCAGCUCUCAAGAAACAAGCUGCUAUAGAGAAAGAAAAGAAAAUUGCUGAUUUCAUUGCUCAAUCUUCAAAGAAAGGAAAAGCAAAGAAAUAA